CCAGUGAAUUAGAAUUUCCAGCCAAAAAAAAAAAAAAAGCCCAGUGAACUUCUCUGAUGCAGCAUCUUUUGAGCCGAUAGACAAGGAGGCCAAUAUGAAAGACCACUGUUGUCCACAGCUACCACAGAGUGACACGUAUGUUGACAAAGCAAGGCUGAAACCACAAACCACAAUGAACUUAAGGGCUAACAAAUAUGUUCACCGCAGAUUGUUUUUAAUGUAUUAUUACAAUUCAUUUUGGUCAUUUAAUUCAAACAUUGUCAAACUGCCUUUUGUGUUUUCCAAACCAAAUUAAAUGCACUCUACAUAAAGACCCUCCCUCCCCCAACCACCUUACCUAAACAUUGAUACAUCUAGACUUACACAACCUCCUGUACAUUCACACAUACACACUGUUAUUUAGUUUUAGUGAGAGAGAAAAAUUACGACGGAGGCUUUUUUUUUCAGAUUUUCCGACCACACUAGCAAAACCACAAGCUAUUGUGCAUGCAAGAUCUAAAGUCUAGAUAUACACAUACUGCACAUAUACUGCACUGCUGUACACGGUAAUAAAGUGAUAUUAUAUUGUGUUGAAAAGAAAUCUAGAUUAGUGCUGAUCUGCUGCUCGCUUUGCCAACCGGAAAAGGCAACCAUCAUAAGAUAUCAAACUUACCGAAGCUUAAUUUUGAAUGAACAGCUGCUUUUAAUAUUAAAACAACUAUCUGUUUUAGUAUUUAUUCAGAGCCAGUUUGCAAUAUCUUUAUUUUGAUUCAAUUUGAUCAACUGUGUAUCUUCCUGUUAAGUUUGAAUAGGAUGCAAUCAUAAUGUUACCCCUCCAAGACAUUCUGCUUCAAAAUGAGGUUACAUUGUUUCCUGUUUGUAACUGAAAAGCAGCAAGUUUUCAAAGCCCUGUGAAAGCAGAGAGGGAGCAGAGGCGGGGUAAAAAUAGACAAUAGUAUAGCACACCUCACCGAGGGAACACAGUGAUGCUCUGUAGCCUGAGACAAAUUGUGUCCAAGAGACAACCAGCUUAGUUUAGGGCAGCUGGAGAUAUGACACAAGAAUUAGCAAUAUCCCUGGCCCUGGUAUGCCUGGUCUUGUUAAUCUCCGUGUGCCUCAAUAUCAUCUGCUGCUUGAGACAGCGAGACACUUUGUGCAAAGAACCAUAUAAGUGCUGCUAUCCACACAAUUCGGAAGAAGAAACCCUAUCGCACAUCGAAGGGCAAUAUAUUUGUGACGUCAGGAAUGAAGAGCCCCAGGAAAAUCCCCACAAUCAUCAUGAGCGACAGGAAAAUCCAAUCUACGGCAACAUCAGCACAGAAAGACGUGGUUCUUCAGACGUUUGCUACGAGAGGAUGUCCAUGCAUCGCACCAGAGAUUGUCCGAAGCCUUUAGAGUCUGACCUGAAUUACGCCUCGCUGGAUCUCAAGCUUGCAAAGAAACAGAAGAAACACCGUCACCUGCAAAGCAGGGCACAGAGUCGCCACAAGCAGCAGGAUCUGAAAGAAGACCACCAGACGUCUCCUUUGAACGCUUUCUUGGAGGUGGACGUGGACGUGGAUGCUCACCUACCGUCCAGAGACACUGGCGUCAUGAUCUCGCAAAGCAGCAUCUAUCUCAACAGUCAACAGAUAGCCCAGGAGGCAGAGGAGAUGGAAAGAGAGAGGGAAAAGGAAAACGCGGGAUGGGAUGGCUUACGAUUGAGCGAGGAAGGAAGGAGAAGAGAUUGGGAUGGAAAUCAAGGAAGUGAGGAAAGAAAAGAUAAUUAUGAUGAUAGCAAUGGGAAGAUGUGUAUACAGCAUCCAGAUGUUGAAACUACUCAGAGUUGCGCAGAUCAACUCAUUGACAGCCUUAGUCAUGAUGGCGAAUAACUUGAUAUUUAAGUAUUACGUUGCUUGUUUCAAACUAUUUAACUUGUUCUCUACAAAACAUGAAAAACGUCAAACUAUUUUAGAUUUUCAGGUCUUCAAUUUUCCCUACGCUUUGCAGAGUUGAGCAAUUUCCUUCUUCAACGCAGACAAACUACCUCUUCUAGUCUCCGUGUUGAGCAAUAGGAACAUAACUGUGCUUUUGUAAUAAACUACUUUAAACAUAAAAGAAUGAAAGAGGAAAGUCUGCGUGACAUUUAGAGGUCAAGAACCAUGUGGAAAUUGUAGCGUGCUGUGAAACACAGGGAAAAGAUGAAAUCAUCACAGGACACAGAGGAACUUUCACUCCUUUGAUGUCUCUUAUUCGUCCACCAGACGAUGUCUCAUAAAAAGGCGUAAAGGCAGAAAAAAAAAACAAUUUUUGCUUUCCACGGUGUGGGCGAGAGCUGUUUGCGCAACUGCACUUGCCUUUGCAGAUGUGAACCAGCUUUUAAAUAAUUAUAGGAAUUAAGCUAACAGCGUUGAAGUUGAAAGCAAAGAUAUUAUGAUAACAAUAAAUAGCAGUUUGCUUUUUUUUAUCUUUCCCAUGGGGUGAAUUGUCACACUGUUUAAACUGUAAAUGUCACCCACGGAGGAUUUUCCAUGUCAAAGCAAUGAUAAAGGUCAUUAUGUUCACAGUCUACGGGCUAAUGCUCCAUCUGUUUAAAUGAAUGUCUUCCUUUCUGUAAUCCCCAAUCUGCGGAGUAAUUUGCGGCCCAUCUGUCUGCUGACAGAACUAAGCUUUGAGGGGAACACGGCACUAGCAGGCCUUCAAGCAUACUGUUGGUUGACAGUGUUUCUAACACUGACAAGGACCUAGUUCCCAGUUAUGGGUUAUAUGUGACCUCCAAGCAUUUUGGAUAAACGUACAGGAAGGCUACGAAUAAAUCCUUCACAAGUAAAAGUCGUCUUUUCACAACAGUCACACAUUUUCAGGGGGGAAAAAAUACAUUCAGCAUCUCUUCAUGUUCUUUAACACAAUUUGUUUCAUUACAUAAUACGUAAUCGAUUUUUUUAAUUUCUAUUUUUAAUUGGAUUUCAUGUGAUAAAAGCAACCCAGAGUGCCACAUAAUUUUUGACACAAAGAAGAAAAUCUCUAAGAUUUGGCCAGCAUUUGUGUUCAGACAGCUGCAAACAGCUGUCUUCCAAACAAAGCAAAAGGCAGCAAGAAAAUAGAGUCCCUUCUUGUAAAAGUGAAUCUCAACAUAAAUCAGAGGUUUGGGAGAGUAUUAUAGUGUCCACACCGCAUCAGGAAGUUCAAGAACCAUUUUAUACAGGUCAGAUAUAUAGUUAGGAAGACGAUUAAAGCUGAUUUAGGUUGAAUAACAACCCCUGGCUUUUAAUAUCUUAUGGAGCACUGUGCUAUAGAUUAAAAAUAUGUUCAUGGAGAAGCUGCAGAGAACCACAGCUCAGGUGGGAUAAUUAGAUGACAGGACUGUUAGUCGUGUGCUCCAAAACACUGGACUUGUGGGAGAGCAGCAAGAAGAAACCCAUUGUUAAAACGCAGUUAGAAGAAUUCUCAUUUUCAAUUUACCACAGCCCAUGUAGAGACAGAGCAAUAAUGUGGUAGAAGACGCUCUGGUCAGAGAAACCAAAAUGUAACUUUUUGACCUACAUGUGUGGUGUAAAGCUAAAAUCUCACAAUCUUCUGAAUACGCCAUCCCAUGGUGAAAGAUGGUGGUGGCGACAUCAUGCUGUGGGGAAGAUGGGUGGAGAUACAGAACAUUUGUGACAAGCUGCAAAUGGCCUGAAAUGGGGGUGGCGGUUAACCUUCCAGCAGGACAGGGACCCUAAAUAUAAAACCAGAGCUGGAAUGGUUUAGAUUAAAACAUGUUUAUUUGUUAGAAAGGCUCGGUCAAAGUCCAGAUCUAAAAUUUGAUGAGGCGUCUGUGUCAAGUCUUGAAAAUGUAUGUUCACUGACACUGUUCGUGCAGUUUGCUCAAGUCUGAGUUGUUUUGCAGAUUAGAAUCGGCAAAAGUUUCAGCUACUAUGUGCAAAGCUGGUAGAGACUUGCAGCGAUACACUAUGAUUUUAAAAGUUAAUUCAACAAAG